CUUUCAGGCAUUAUGUAUGUGUCAAGAAAGCUGCUAAGCAGCUUUUCACUCCGCCAUUACCGGCAGUUUUUUCGGAGUACAGAAAAAGCACAGGAACUUGCACAGGGCCUCUUCGGUGAACCGCAGUUGAAAACAGCGAACAGCUUCGCAGACUUGAACAAGCGGGUACGAGCUGAAUGUACAGACUUAGUUAAAUUGAUUGAAACUGGUGACAGUAAACGAACCACGGUCAAACUUUUCGAUGAUCUUUCGAAUACCGUAUGUAAAGCUGCUGACUUGGUAGAGUGUGUUCGACAGCUACACAAUGAUCCACUUUAUAUAGAUGCUGCACAGCAAAGUGCUAGUGAUUUUUGCGAACUCGUAGAGAGUCUAAAUACGUACACCGCGCUAUAUGAUAGGCUUCAAAAAUCGAAACAAACAGAAGCGGAUCGUUUGGAUGACAUUGAUAUACGCACUAUAAACUUAUUUCUGAACGAAUUCGAAUUAUCAGGCGUCCAUCUUCCGGACGAUAAGCGUGCCGAGUUCGUGAGAUUAUCUGGUGAAAUAUUCAACGCUAGCGCGAGAUUUCAAGCUGGUUGCGAUCGAGAAGUUGUCAUCAGCAGAGCGCAAAGAAAACAAUAUAGCCUUCCAUCGACGAGGAUAAGAUCACCGUCAUCAGACUGCGUUGAGCAGGAUAAGCGAAAAUUUGUUUAUACAUCUUACUACAAACACAAUAACGAGCAGGAAGAAGAAUUGAAGAAGUUGGUCUGUUACCGUGAUGAACUUGCCAAGCUCACGGGCUACACCUCCUUCGCUCAUCGUGCGCAGGAUAAUGCCUUGUUAGGAACGUAUGAGAAUGCUCAUGAUUUUCUUUGGGGCAUAAUACAGGCUUGCCGGCCUGCAGCAGAGCGAGAGCUAGCUAUUUUGAUGGAUGUGCAAGCACAAUGUAAAACUGAUUCUUAUCAUGGUGUGAUUGGCGAAUGGGACCUUCACUAUCUUACCGAAAUCUACAAGGAGCGUGCUUACGGUACCGCUCAUCAGCGAGAAAUCCACAAUUUUCUCACUCUUGGCAAUGUUCUGACUGGUUUUGGAAACCUUGUCAAUAAAUUGUAUGCAGUACGCAUGGAGGAACAACUUAUAGAGAAAGGAGAAAUGUGGGCUGGCCACAUAAUAAAGUUUGGUGUUUAUGAUGCUGAUCGUUUUCUUGGUACCAUUUAUCUGGAUAUAGAUCGGCGACCAAUGAAAGCCGUAGGAGAUUGCCAUUUUACGGUGCGAUGUUCUAAAGAGAUGGAAGAUGGUAGCUGGCAAACUCCUAUUGUCGUUUUGUCCCUUUCAUUGUGUGAGAACUACAAUGGAUCAUGGCGUGACCUCUCGAUCGAUUUGCAUAAAGCUGAGAACACUUUCCAUGAGUUGGGUCACGCAAUGCAUAGUAUGUUAGGACGAACGAGAUAUCAACAUGUAGCAGGUACUCGCUGCCCUCAAGAUUUUUCGGAAGUUCCAUCUAUCCUCAUGGAAUACUUCUUCAAUGACUUGUCGGUUAUGCAGUCGAUUCUUCGAAGUCCAAAUGGUGAAUGCAUAGAAGUGGAGGAUGCUGCUUGCAUGAUUGCAUCACGAUUCGCCUUCUCUUCUCUCGAAAUUAUGCAACAGGCAUCUUAUGCCUUGUUUGACCUGGAACUUCAUGGUCCCGAUGCACCCCGUUUGAUACGAGAAAAUCGAAUAACCACAACGGAUCUGUUCCACAGCAUCGUUACCAAAGCACUUCCUCAUUUGGAGCGCGAGAAAGAUACCGCCUUUCAACAUAGGUUUCAUCACCUAGUACAAUACGGGGCUAAGUACUACUCGUAUCUUGUCGCGAGAUCUGCCGCGAGCUUGAUAUGGAACUCAAACUUCAGAGAUGCUCCGUUUAAUCGAACUGAAGGAUUGAAAUGGGCUGAGGUCCAGUCGCAUGGAGGAGGUUUACCCUCCAACUUAUUACUAAAGAAAAUGCUUGGCUAUUCCCCUACAGCCAUACAUCUCAUUGAUGCGCUCAAACAAGAAACUUCGCAUCUUGCAAAUCUUGGUGCUGUGAAUGUGUAGAUUAGAUCAAUUUAGGAUAUUAAAGUACAUGUACAUAUUAGUGUAGCAUAGAUCUGUUUGUUGUUGUACUUGUUGUCUACGGUUAGUAAGUUGUUAAAUAAGUUGUGCUCGAGUCAUUGUUUCUCAAC